ACAAAAUGAAGAACAAACGGCAGUCGUUUCCCUUGACGGUAAUGCGCGUUCAAAUGAGGGAAAGCCCACAGGUUAUUAUGUGCGCCUUUGUAUAGAAUGAAACGACCUGGCGUGCAAAAAAGAACAUUGAACGAGCGGAUAGCAGUCCGAAAUUGAAUGGAAAUUUCUGAGGUGGGAGAGAAUUUCUGAGAAGAAGUCAUCAGAACCAAGGCUGAGACGCAGAGGCCAGCCUUGUUCUCUCUCAUACAAUCUACUCGGUUCCUUCCACCCCAUCAACACAUCGCCGAGACAGAGGGAGAACAUUUUACAUGGAUCAGAUUUUGAACAAGGCGGGUUCCUACUGGUUCAGCCAGAAGGCCAACAAGGAGCUCACCUCCGUCGGCGAUGAUAUCAACUCAUUGCAAACUAGCAUCGAAGGAGGAACCAAAUGGUUGGUUAAUAAACUCAAAGGAAAAAUGCAAAAACCAUUGCCUGAGCUUCUAAAGGAUUUUGACAUGGCAGUAGGAAUAUUUCCUCGUGAUGCUACCAACUAUGAAUUUAAUGAGGAGACGGGAAAACUUACAGUCUACAUACCGGCAGCCUGUGAAGUGGGGUACAGAGAUUCAUCUGUUUUGCGUUUCUUCACCAUUGUAACUGGAUAUUUGAAGAAAGGAAGGCUAGAAGACAUCCAGGGGAUGAAGACAAAGGUGAUUAUAUGGGUAAACGUGUCCUGUAUCACAUCUGAGGGAUCAAAGCUCCAUUUCACAGCUGGGUUGAAGAGAACCAGGAAUAGAGAGGCUUAUGAGGUUCUUAGAGACGGCAUCACUGUAGAGAAGUUUUAAAAAAAAGGUCAAAAUGCUCAUCGGUUACUAUUGUGUAAUUUAGUUGGUUAAAGUUGUUGAACCGUUUUGCUUGUAUGAAAACUGGUUUAAUCAACUCAUGUAUGUUUUCCUGUGGAUGUUGAACGGUUUGAUCCAGUUAAUAUUUUCUCCUGUAUGGUGCA